UGGAGAGUGCCUCACCCUUUUUAAAAAUGCCCCGGAAGUGCCUUCGCCCUCAGUAAAGAUGGCCGUAGCACUUGGCGUGAAGGAGGUGGGUCUGCGCCUGCGCAACAAGUUCGGCCGGGAAAGAUGGCGGAUGACAAGGACUCUCUCCCCAAACUUAAGGAUCUGGCAUUUCUCAAGAACCAGCUGGAGCACCUGCAGCGCCGUGUAGAAGAUGAAGUCAGCAGUGGCAUGGGACAGGAUGGCUCCCUGUUGUCCUCUCCGUUCCUCAAGGGAUUCCUGGCUGGCUAUGUGGUAGCCAAACUGAGGGCAUCAGCAGUAUUGGGCUUUGCUGUGGGAACCUUCACUGGCAUCUACACAGCUCAAGCAUAUGCUGUGCCCAAUGUGGAGAAGACAUUGAGGGACUAUUUGCGGUCACUGCGCAAGGGACCUGACUAGCUCUGGAUGCCAUGGCGGAGGCAGGAUGAGCAGCUGGGGAUUGCAGGUGGCAGUCUUUGGACCACAGACAUUCCAUCUAGCUUCCCUGGCUAUCAUCAAUUUGCUAUUUCCAACUUUCCUGCCACCUCUAUCCUUGCUUCCUUUUCUGCAGAGUGUGGA